AUACUGUCAGUGAGCGUCAGACGCGAUGCGAUUCGUAGUGCCCUCGUUUCGACAGGAUUCUUCUCCCGCAUUGUUUUCAAAAAUAACUACUAGCUAGACACUUGUGACGCGGCGUGACAUCGUUCAACGUUGUUUAUCGCUGUUUACCGAUCAUCUGUGUCGAAGGUCCAGGUGGGAAAAUCCAAUGUAAGUGCGAAAGAAACAAUUUCGCGUGUUCGAAACUGUUACAAAUAACACGGAGAAAAUUCCUCGGUAUGUUCUUCAUCUUCGCCGAAUACGUUUCUCAUCCUUGAUCCUCGUCCGAUCCUGUAGGCAAGGAUCUUGUUCGCUCGAGGACAAGGAGAACUAGCAAAAUCCCGCGAAGACUCAACAGGUUCUUUAGACUAAGAAGAGUCCGGUAGUCCGGCUGAUGACUCGGUUUCCGUUGUUUCGUAGCACGCCGGUUUGCCAGUGACGACCGGAUAGCGGAAGUCGCGAAUGAACGGUCGUGAAUAACGCGGAUCCCGACGUCAACGUCCGUCGAACUUGUUUCUUGGUCUUGCCGCCUCGUCUGUCGGUAGGUAGACCUUUGCGCCUACUUUUGUGUAACGGAACAGUAAGCCACAUAAAUCAUUGAAACGGAUAGGAAUAGCAUUUCUGCCCGAAUGAUCGAUGCGAAAAUCCGAAGAUAAGUGAUCUUCUCUUUCACGUGGGUCGUCGAUCUCUGUUCUGGACCGACGCCAGACUCGUGCCGCGGGUGUUUCACGGUUAUUUCAACUGGAAACUUCGCAUUUCCCAUAUCCCGAAUGUCAAUGAAGCACGGUCGGUGAAUUUCGAUUCUCAUCUUCGCGAAAACCGUUACGGCUUGCCGAUCGCUUUGUUGCUCGUGCGCGAUUUGUAAUCGACGAAGCUAAGGAGGAUCAAGAAGACAAGGAGAAAUAAACAUGGACUGAUCUCAACGGAUAAACCUCGAGCCUACAGUUGAAAGGUGAACUAGAGGAUCAAGAAUGUGUCUGUACUUGCGGGAACUGCCAUUAAUCUUACCUCACCGAACGAAAGCGAUGCUAGCGUUGUCGCCACGUAGCGCUCGACUUUUGACCUUUGCGCAGUAGGACUCGAGAGGAUCGGAAAAAGAAAAAUCGCGAGCGAAAGUCUCGCCGAGACCGAGUAGACCGUGUAGAGCGGCGUGGACGACGCCGGGUCCGACGCUCGUGUUUCUCGAUCCUCGCUUUCUGUUCGCACGCGACUUUCGAGGUCAUGAAGGUCCGGAGUUAUCCGGGCCGGGCGGUUCUGGAGGAUCCUGAACUCCUCCUGGAUCCGGACGCGACGCGCGGCAGGGCCAUGGAGCUGCUCUACGAGGCCAGCUGGCGCGAGUGCGGGGUCAACUGGACGACCAGCAGCAACGGCGGCAGCAAGAUCUCCGCCAGGCAACAAGACGACGAGCCUUACAGGCGGCCGUACGCCGAUGAAGUGGUGUCGCGAUUCGAGGCCGCGUUGGAGGACCCGAACAACGGGCCGUCCUCGGCAAGAGAGGAAGAUGCGCGAUCCAGGGGAUCCAGCAGCACCGGUACCACAGACAGCGAAUGCCCGGAGGCGAACCGGCCGUCACCCGAGGUCGCCGUCAACGCUCAAGGGGGCUUCCUCAUUCCGCGGCCGAGACUGAUCGUGCCAGUCCAUACCUACGCGAGGAGAAGACGUACCGGCGCGCCGCAACCCAUAAAGAGACGUCAGAUACGCGAAGAGGGUAAGGUCGAGGUGUCGAGGGACGGCAAAUAUCUCAGCACUUUGCAACAUGGUAAAGUGUUGGGUGAACUCGCGAUUCUUUACAAUUGCAAGAGGACAGCAACGAUUACUGCUGCGACUGAUUGCCAAUUAUGGGCCAUCGACCGUCAGUGCUUCCAAACCAUUAUGAUGAGGACCGGCCUCUCGAGACAGGCUGAAUACACGGACUUCUUAAAGAGCGUGCCAAUUUUCAAAAACCUGCCCGAGGAAACUCUAAUCAAAAUUUCGGAUAUUUUAGAAGAGACGUUUUACAACAAUGGGGAUUAUAUAAUAAGACAAGGAGCGAGGGGUGACACGUUCUUCAUCAUCAGUAGAGGACAAGUACGCGUGACAAUAAAACAGCCUGAUACAACGGAAGAGAAAUAUAUUAGAACCUUAAGAAAAGGCGAUUUCUUCGGUGAGAAAGCUUUACAAGGAGAUGAUCUCAGAACUGCUAAUAUUAUCGCUGACAAUCCAGAAGGAGUGAGCUGUUUGGUAAUAGACCGCGAAACGUUUAAUCAAUUAAUCUCAUCCUUGGAUGAAAUCCGAACGCGAUACAGGGACGAGUUGGUGGAACGUAGGAGAUUAAAUGAGGAAUUUCGGGAUGUACGAUUACAAGACCUUCGGACUAUUGCGACUCUCGGCGUGGGUGGUUUCGGAAGAGUUGAAUUAGUCCAAAUUGCCGGAGACAGCACACGAUCCUUUGCUCUGAAGCAAAUGAAGAAGGCACAGAUCGUCGAGACACGACAGCAACAGCACAUUAUGUCAGAAAAGAGGAUCAUGAGCGAAGCGGAUUGCGAUUUUGUAGUAAAGCUUUUCAAAACUUUUAAAGAUAGAAAAUAUCUUUAUAUGCUGAUGGAAGCCUGCUUGGGUGGCGAAUUAUGGACUGUUCUUAGGGACAAGGGAUACUUUGAUGAUGGUACUACACGCUUUUAUACUGCAUGUGUUGUCGAAGCAUUCGAUUAUCUGCACUCCAGAAAUAUCAUCUAUAGAGAUCUUAAACCGGAAAACUUACUUUUGGAUAAUGAAGGAUAUGUUAAACUUGUGGAUUUUGGCUUUGCCAAACGGUUAGAUAACGGAAGGAAAACAUGGACUUUUUGUGGUACACCAGAGUAUGUGGCACCGGAAGUCAUUCUAAAUAAAGGUCACGACAUAAGCGCUGAUUAUUGGUCCCUUGGUGUUCUCAUGUUUGAGUUGCUUACGGGUACGCCUCCUUUUACGGGUGCUGAUCCGAUGAAGACGUAUAAUAUUAUCUUAAAAGGAAUCGACGCUAUAGAAUUUCCUAGAUCUAUUACGCGUAACGCGAUGGCACUCAUCAAAAAACUUUGCAGGGAUAAUCCAGCAGAACGUCUUGGAUAUCAAAGAGGUGGCAUUAGUGAAAUACAGAAGCAUAAAUGGUUCGAUGGUUUUAAUUGGGAAGGUUUAAAAACGAGAACUUUAGAACCCCCGAUACUACCACGAGUUCAAGGCGCUACAGACACUACGAAUUUCGAUGCUUAUCCAGCUGAUUCAGAUCCACCGCCACCCGACGAUAUUUCCGGUUGGGAUAACGAUUUUUAAUGCAAAAAGCAUAAGGGACUUCUAUUUAAUAUUCGCGUUUUUAAUUUAGCAGGAAAUUGUACUAGGACAUAACGCUCUCUCGAUCAUGUGAGAUAAUUGGCGACAUCUGCAUUUAUUUAUACUUUUCUCAUAUCACGUGAUUACAGUCGCAUUUUAUCUUAUAUUUUUAUAUUUUUUGUCAUAUUUCGUAAUAAGUAUAAUCGGGAUUUGUGAAUGAGAAAAAUUGCAUUAUGUUAAAUUUAAAAAUUUUUAUGAAUUCCGGAUGAUCAAAAAUUUAAAAAGCGAAUUUUAUAUUUAUGUCGCGUCUAACGGGUUCUAGAAACAUCUUCUCCAGUGUUAUACAUUAUAAUAGGAUACAUAUGCAAGUGCCAAGUGCCAUUAUUACCUCCAAGAGGUAAACUCAUACAUGUCAUACUUGUGCUCAGAAACGCGGUCACACGCCAGAAACAGUCAGCUCAAGUCCAAGGGACCUCUUGCCAUCCAUUUAACUUGUCAAAAUGUGCAUAUAGCUUGAUCGAUCAGAUGUUAAAUUUUUUAUGGCAAGUUCAUUGUUGUUU